AUGUCCACAGACAAAUCCGCCCGCCACUACAUUGAAGUCAUCUCCACCCGCCCUCMGAAACCCAUCGAAAUAGUCGACUACGACCCCUCCUGGCCAACAGCCUUUGCAUCCAUCGCACAGCGCAUCAAAUCCGCCCUCGGCCCAAAAGCGCUUACUAUCAGCCACGUCGGCUCAACCAGUGUCCCUGGCCUGCCUGCAAAAGCCGUCAUCGACGUCGACCUCGUCGUCCCGGACCCCAUCGCCGAGGACGACUACGUCCCUGCGCUGCAGGCCGCCGGGUUCCAGUUCCUCUUCCGCGAGCCGAACUGGUACGAGCAUCGCUUCUUUGGGUUGGCGGAGCCGUAUGCCAAUGUGCAUGUGUUUGGGCCGGGGGCGGCGGAGCUGAGUCGCCAUCAGCGGUUUCGGGAGUGGCUGAUUGCGCAUCCGGAGGAUCGGGAGUUGUACGUCAGGGCGAAGAGGGGGGCGGCGCAAGAGACUCGUGAGAACGGGGAGUCGGUCCAGGAGUAUAACUUUCGGAAGGAGAGCGUUAUCGAGGAGAUUAUGGUCCGCGCGGGGAUUCCGCUGCCGGGAACUGAUUAG